GUUCGCACUCUAUCGCUUGGCAAGACUGUAAAAAUGAAAAGACAGAAAUCACAGCCACUUUUAACAAAGUUUGGAUUCAAACAGCAAAGAAAGGAGUCAGCGGCCGCAGGUGUGUCAGUGCUAACUAGUAUAGAAUUAGUGUUCAUUUAGCUUCGCUGGGCUUGUCAUUUCACGCAUUAGUUUGUUUCUGGGAGCUUACAUAACAAUCCAAGUUUGUGAAAAGCAUAAGACCAGAUCAUACUUCUACAUGUUUUUUCAUACCAUAGGAUACUACAAAAAAUAUAAUCAAGCAGUUUUUCUUUCUUUGACAUCAAAAGACGAUGAUGAGAACCAAAAAAACUUGUUAAUUACUGCGGACACAUAAAAGGCAAAAUUAUAUUGGCCUCUUAAUUCAAAUGAACAAUGUCCGCUUCCUAGCCUCCUUUUAUGUUCUCCAACACGUGCUAACUAUCCUCGAUCAACCUUGUAAGUCAUUUCAGCAAUCAGCAAUCAAUUUCAGUCACUUAAACCAGAAAUUGCUUGGGCAAAGGCAGCAUUGGAGGAAGUCGCUAUGAGUGAGACACCUAUCAAGGCAUUCACCCCUGAUGUAAAGCAAGGGAGGAUAGCCAUGUUGCAUUUUUUGCCAAAAGAAAAUCAAGUGACAUCCACUAGAAAUCUGCUCUGAAAGUAUGUUUCUGCACUCAAAGAAAACAUUGAAUUAAGGUUCCAUAAUACUCUCCCUUUGCUUGGAGCACUCUCCAUCUUUGAUCCAAAUCUUAUUCCUACCAGCGCUACUGAGCUUUCCUCUUAUGGAGUUGAAUCUAUCCGAGUACUUGCUUCUCAUUACUGUCCUGAGCAACACGACCGACUACUAGCAGAGUGGAACAUUCUCAAGUAUCAUAUGAAGGAGAAGACCAUUCCAGCUGAUGUUAAGGAAGAGAAGACCAUUAUGCCAGCAGAGUGGUGCAUGGGCCAAAUGAUGAUUCAAAGGUCUACCUUCACAUCGCUUCUCCCAUCAGCAAUGCAUGGCCUUAGAGGGCUGCUAGUCGAGUGUAGUUGA